AACAGUCACAACCGUAAUUCACUGCAACGCAGACCGACCACUUGCCAGCCGAAGACAACUGAAGAAAAAGGAUUAUCGAAAUGUUGAAAUUGGUGAUGUUGUUGUCUACUUUACUCGCCGUCGUCGUUGCACGUCCUGGCUACCUCUCACAUGCUCCGCUUCUCUACUCGGCGCCAGCUACAGUUAUUCAUGAGCCGGUUUUGGCUAAAGUAGGCGCUGUCGUGAAGAGUUUCCCCACCGCUGUAUCGCAUCAGAGCUCAUCGGUGGUACACAGUUCGGCUAUUGCUGUGGAGCCGAUUCUAGCUCCUGUGCUAAAGACCACUUACACUGCGCCACUACUGCAUGCUGCUCCGCUAUACAAGUCCAUUGCCUUGCCGUCUUUGCAUACAUCGCAUUCCGCUGGUUGGUGGUAAAGUUGGUUGGUUGUUGGUAUGUGACCGAAAUAAAAAUUCUAACAAAGUAGCAGUUUGUAAGUGGAGCUACUGGUUCCAGUACCUGCUAGUUGUCCGUCAAUUGUUGGUUUUCAUCUUCAUAAAUUUUGUACAUACACACAAUCAUAUACAUACAU